CCGCCUAAGCUUCAAAAUGAGUCCCAAAAAGUUAUUGCGUGUGCGCGUGAAGAAUAUUAAGAAAAAAGUUAAAGUGGCUGCAGAAUCCACUGCUAAGAACGCAAAAGGCCCAGGCCCAUACUCCGAGCUCUGUAAAAGUCAAAAUUCAAACUCUACCGUUAAAUAUGAACCAAAAGCUACAGUUGGGAAUAUAGAACUCAGUGGAAAUCCAAUUUUAAAUUCAACCGCUUUUGAUGCAGAUCCAGAUUCAAACUCGAACGUUUUUGAUGAACCAGAACCAGAACUAGUUGGAAAUAUCGAACACUGUGAAAAUCCAGAUUUAAGUUUAACCGUUUUUGAUGAACCAGAAGCCACAGAUGGGAAUGUCGAACACUGUGAUAAACCAGAUUUUGAAUCCACACUUCCUGAAAACCCAGAAUCUUCAAGUAUAGAAAAUUCUGCUAGUACGUAAAGCUAUAUUUGUCAAU